AGGAUUCGCGCUGCAUCCUGGGUACAUAACUCCAUGGUGAUGCAGUGAGCCUGUUGUGUAGACUGGAACGGGAAACCAAAGUAAAGUAAACGGGGUAGGGUCGGCAACGGGGGGGGGCUUUCAGCGAGUUACAAUGCGUCUUUCACGGUGUUGAACAGUCUCGGUGAACGAUGAGCCAACUUCGCCGGUCGUCUCGAAGCGGAACGAGUCACUCUUGAGCCCCGAAAAAGAGUCCUUCUUGGCGGGGGAGAGCGAGAAUGCAGAAGCCGAGCGCCCUGCUCCCUGUUGUCGGCUUGACUGGGAAAUGGUAGCGUACUGCAGGAACCGCACUUGGAAGGAACAUGGUCGAGAGGAGCAGCAAAUUCUUGUUGAUCGUCGUCGGAUCCGUGUGUUUCAUGCUGAUUCUCUAUCAGUACGUGGCCCCCGGGGUGAUCAAUUUCGGCUCCCCGCACGGUUAUUUCACGGAAGAAGACGAGGGGGACAUCUUCCCGACUCCGGACCCCCACUACGUUAAGAAAUACUACUUCCCCGUCAGGGACCUGGAGAGGACGAUUGAUUUCCAAAUCAAAGGAGAGGACGUGAUCGUGUUUUUGCACAUCCAAAAGACCGGGGGGACUACCUUCGGCAGGCACCUGGUCCAGAAUGUCCGUCUGGAGGUCCCUUGCGACUGCAGACCGGGCCAGAAGAAGUGUACCUGCUACCGGCCGAAUCGCAAGGAGACCUGGCUCUUCUCCCGGUUCUCCACCGGCUGGAGCUGCGGCUUGCACGCCGACUGGACCGAGCUCACAAACUGUGUGCCCGGGGUCCUCAACAAGAAGGAGAACAAACAGAAAAAUCUAAGGAAGUUCUACUACAUCACUCUGUUGAGGGACCCAGUAUCUCGAUACCUCAGCGAGUGGCGGCACGUGCAGCGGGGAGCCACGUGGAAAACCUCCCUGCACAUGUGUGAUGGACGAACCCCCACACCUGAGGAGCUGCCCUCCUGCUACGAGGGCUCCGACUGGUCGGGGUGCACCCUGCAGCAGUUCAUGGACUGUCCCUACAACCUGGCCAACAACAGACAGGUUCGUAUGUUAGCAGAUCUGAGCCUUGUUGGCUGCUACAACAUGUCCACGGUUCCAGAGAAGAAGAGGGCGCAGCUUCUGCUGGAGUCAGCCAAGAAGAACCUACGAGACAUGGCCUUCUUUGGUCUGACAGAGUACCAGAGGAAAACCCAGUUCCUGUUUGAACGAACCUUCAGGUUGCGCUUCAUCAGGCCUUUCAUGCAGUACAACAGCACCCGAGCUGCAGGGGUGGACUUGGACAACACUACGAUCCAGCGUAUAGAGGAGCUGAAUGAGCUGGACAUGGAGCUUUACGACUACGCCAGGGACCUGUUCCAGCAGCGCUACCAGUACACCAGGCAGCAGGAGAGGCGGCAGCAGCGCAUCAAGAACCACAUACAGCAGAGCCACCAGGGCCUGGGCCUGGGCGUCAACCUGUGGCCCUCCCAUAGCCGGCAGAGCUCGGUGUCGACACUGGAGGACGGGGAAGGGGAGCGGGAGGAGGGUGAGGAGGGAGGCAGAACAGAGGAGGCGGGCAGCAGGCUCCCCACAGAGGACUACAUGAACCAGAUCAUCAACCGCUGGUAGCAGCAGAAUGAGAACAAACACACAGACAUGCAUAUGUAAUGUGAAAUGCAUACACAUAUAUACACACACGCACGCACGCACGCACACACAUACACAGAGAGUGGCUCCUGCAUCAAACACCCAAAUGACUGACAAACAGACUUUACCAGAGAGUUGGGCUGCAGGAAUGAGUCCAAGUGGUUGCUAUGGGGACCUGGGCUUGGUCGAUUGCAUCAGCUCACAUUAUUGAGGUUUGCCCAGUUGUUAUUAGCACCCGCUUGCCCUUUCCCUCCUCCUGAGUUUCUCUGUCUUUCCUAUCAUCAUUACUGACUGAGCAGAGGAGAGAUAUUUUUAAGAGUUGCUGACAACCGAGUAUCUCACCCAUCUCUCCCGUCUCCCCUCCUCCUCCUCCUCCUCCUCCUGUAUUCCUUUUGUUCUCUGUGGCCUAAUAUGGAGCAUGAGAAAAUAAAAUAAAAGUCUGUGAAUUCCCACUAAUCUUUGCUAAAGGACCAGUCUACUUCCUGGAUGCUCCAAUUUCAAAGGAACUGGGAAGGCUAUGAAAGUAUGCUAAUGGCUGAGCUGAGCAAAGGAAAUGGUGGGAGUACAUGAGCGACUGAAAGAAAGAAGCAAAGAAAAGUUUAACUUAGUUGUGUAAUAAAGCUUUCUGCUUAAAAAAAUUCAGCCAUUUUACCCAUGAACACGCUUUGGUCAUGAAAUAGUGACAGUCUCAUUCUCAUUUUAGGAUGAUUUCAUUUGUAUUUUCCUUUUGUGUUUAUGCUUUUUUUUUAAAGCAGAAUUGUAAUAACACUGAGACCAAUGUUGCUGCCUAAAGAAAAGUGAUUCCUUUAUUUCUUUAUUUUUAUUGGUUUUAUAAGUCAAAGCUAAUGGAUUGGAUUGACGUACAUUGGACCAUAGCCAUUACUGAAGCCUGAAGCCUUGGGGGGGAAAAAGGGGCCUUUUUCUCUGUUAAAGGUUCCCAAAGCUCCUGUCGCUUAACGAGUUCAUUAUUUCUCCUUUUCUCUCCUUUUUUAUUGUGUGUCUCAGUCCUGCAGAGAAUCAGCAGCCAAUUACAGAGCCGAAUCUUACAUGGGUGUGAAGAAAUCAAAGGCAGGGAGAGGAGUGAGUCUGCUGCAGGUUGUUGCCAGGAACCGUGCCGCGUGAGCGGCAAGCGCUUUGGAAGCCUUAACUCAGACAAAUGCUUCGAGAUGGGAGUUGUGGAACUACCGGUCACCAUGGCAAUGUGAGCCCUUAAUGUAGUGGGUGACAUUUUCAGUUUCUCAGUUUUUUGUUGGGGGGGGGGGGUGUGUUUCUGACCAAGAGCUGCAUUUUAAAAGUGGCAGUCUCAAACAAGCCUCCUUCCCACCUGCUGAAAGGGCACACACAGCGCCGGUGACCUGUAGUUCAUUAGUGUGACUGGUAUUUUACUUGGUUUUAACCUGAAGAACGCACGGGGCGAGGUAGCAGUGCCUCUAUGUACUGGGAUCAUAGUCAACAUAAUUAUUGCCAGAUAUUACGUCUGCAUUAUACUACAGUAAUUUCUCUGACUACUCGUGUGUCUGUGUGGAUGAGUGUGUUUCUGUGUGUGUAAAUAGUAUGUACAGUAUGCCUUUGGUUGGUGUAUGUGUAUGCCUUUGUAAAUAGUGUGCCUGACAGAGAGGAUGCCUGAUGAAUUUUGUGAAUGACUGGUUCCAUGACCAAUUAUCUAGCCAUUUUUUGGUGGUGGAGGGCGGGGCAACAAAGUCCCUCCAACCGCGUGUCACAGCAGUGUGACCAUCGCAGCGAUGCAAGCCAAUAAUACUCCCCUCUGCCCUUUCCUUUACCAUUUUCUUUCCCCCUGUUCUUGUCUCCUCCUUUAUGAUGUGGUUACGUACGAGGACUGCAUCACUAUAAUUAUCUAAAAUAUCUAAUUUAUAUUUUGAAAAAUCUGCCCAUGUGACAUGUCUUAACUCUUGACAGCAAAACCUGCAAGUAAAGUUGGAUUAUGAUAGCUGGAUCCACCAAUUGCACCAAAUUCUGUGACCCAGUCAGGACUUUGGUAUUUUAAUUUGUCAUGUGCUUGUGGUUCAUGCUAUUUUAUGUGACAGGUCACAGAAUUUGGUGUAACUUAUUGAACAUUUCAUCUCUCCUCCUUCUGUUUUAUCAGCAAAGAGUACUGAUAGAAAACAUUUAUGUAGCAUUUUUGACCUCAGCACUCUGUACGUUAUUCUGUGAUUCUGUCACAUAGCGUUCCCUAUGCAAACCUUCUGAUCUAAUCAAAAUUAUUUUUUUGCUUGUUAUCCAGCAGCUGGUCAUAUCUUCAAAGGGAAUGUGUGUGACCUCAGGUGUCAGCUGUCUGGCCGGAAAGAUAAAAUGUUUGCCCAGAGCAAAUUUAACAUUUAAAUCUAAUAUUCCCAUAGAUUGUGACGGCUACUGGCAUGACCUGAGCAGCUGACUUAGUGUACAUUCCAGCAUAGAGGAAGUCUGUGGAAAUAUCGUAUUUAAACGCUGGUUUCUCUCCAGGUAAACAUUUUAUCAGUCAGAAAAUGACUUUGGAGACGCAAUCUGCUGCUGGAUAACUGUGAGGUAACAAAAAUAACAUUUUGACUUUUCUUCUAGGGUUAAUGUAGAGAACACUUUGUGAAUGAAUCAUGGAGUAAUGUACGGAGGGCUGAGGUCUCAGAUGUUGCGAUACCAACGGCAGAUUAUAUCUGCUGCAUCCAUUUAAUAUUAAUUUUGUAACGGCUAAAAUGAAACUUUUUGGUUUGUUAGGGAAAAGAAACAUCAUUCUGAAACACCACUCUCUAACUGCGAGUGGACUAUGUGGUUUUGUAGUUCAACAAAACCAUCAGAGUGGUUUCUCUUCUCUAGAGAAUCUCGUUGACUGCAUCACAUUAAUUUCAGGAGAAUCUCAGUUUAACCGUUUCAUAUUAACUAAUAGUUCUGUAUCAGGACUUCCAGCAUUUGGAGCAAGUUGCUUGUGAAACGUAAAGUAAGCUCUGCCUGUUGUUUAAAUGUGUCAGAUACAUUUAAUCAACAGUUCAUAUGAUAUACUGUUCAUCUCAUUUUCAGGUUGCAAACAUUAAAAACUUAAGUGUUUCUGCCACUUCAGCUAACAAAAGGUGAUUACAGAUCUUUAAGUUUUAGUUAAUUAUAAGGGAUUCAAAAAGGAUUCAGAUUCAAUAAGCAAAUUUGAUACUGGAUUCAUAUGCCAGAAAAUGUUAUUGAACCUCAACCCAUACUACAUGCAAAGAAUCUGAGCAAUAAGAGGCAAAACCAAUGAGAAGGCGGAGAAGAGAAUGUAAAAGUGGGAAGGGAAAAAAGACGUGUCACAGCACGAUUUAAUCAAACUGAAUGUAGUCCAAGUUUGGUGUCAUCCAGCGGGCAAUGGCAGGAUGCAUGCAGGUUAACUGCUUCCUUAGUAUUAAGAUAAAUAAUAUAUUGCAUCCUGUUGUUAACAACAGAUUUUUUUAAAGUCAGAAGGAAGGGGACACCAAUAAUUUAGCCGCCCACCCCCCUCCUUGUUAAAUUUCAUCUAAUCACCCUGGAUCCUCCUCUGUCUCUCCUUUUGAUCAGCUCCUUUCAAAUCAGGGAUGAUUCAUGAAGGGAAGGAGAGUAGAACAAGGGGGAUGAUGAAAGGUAUUGGGAUACAUCCAGAGUCAAUAUGCUGCUUUUUGUGUAGCCUUCAAAGUAACGCAAAUGGAUAUGGGAAGAGAAAUCUCCCUCCUUUUUUUUUUUGUUUCAUAUUAACUUCCCCUUCAUUGUAUUCUUGAAACUGGAGACUUAAACACUGCAGCUCCAGGCAUUUUGCCCACAACCUCUUUUUUCAAAGUCAGACUUGCUCUUAUGUUAGACCGUGUUUGGGCUGCAAACCAAUAUCUGGCUCUGCAUUAGUGGUUAAAGACAGAAUACAAAACUGAUUCUGUGUUUUAUUUUCAGUCUUCCAGUUUCAAGUGACCAUCAGAUUUGAAGCAGCCCUCAAAAAUACUCCCCGUACCUGAACAGUGUGUGAAAGAAAAACUCCUUUCACUGAAAUGAUUCCAGGAAUUGAUGCUGUAAAGCUAUACUCAAAUAUUUUAUGUCUCAUCACUAUGUAUAUCUGAUGUCUUAACAGCGUUUCCUUUGUGACAAUGAAGCAAGCCAGAUGUCGCUAACAUCAUCCAUUUUUGUUAUUUUUUAAAAUAAAAGAUGUGUUAGAGUAUGUUAGGGACUUGUUUGGGGUUUUUUUGGAUUGAUGUGCAGCCUGUCUCUGGCUCCUUCUGUAUGCAUCGUUCUGGGUUUGUUUCUUAUGAUUGCAAAAAUGAAUCAUCAUGCCACCAAUUAAAAUAUUUCAUUUUUACAGA